UUCAUCGGGUUAACAUCUAAUUAACUAAAAAAAAACAACAAAAACGCGAGAGAUUUUUUUUUGUUUUUUUAAUUUUCAAAUUUCCUUUUUUAUAAUUUUUGUUUUGUUUUUCGUUCAUUCGUUUGUUCGUUUCGAAUUCGAUGUCUCCGGUUUUAAAUUAUUUUCUUUUUCGAGGUUUGUGCUUUUGACGUUCAAGAAUUUUCGGAGUUCUAACGGAUUGUUGUCCUUCGUUUUUAAUAAAAAACUUUUGAUUUAAAAAAUUAAAAAAAAAAAAUCGAACAAAUUUGUCAUCAAAAUCUGAAUGAAUUCUUGCGCGAUGUGUGAUCGUUUUAUAUCAAUGUGCCAAUCGAAUCAGUGAUAAUACGGAAAUUAUUUAUGCCAUAAAAUUAAAACAAAGCGAAGAGGAAGAUAAAGGAUAUGCCAAUUCUGAUGUGUCAUAAAAUUUGAUAAAUUUUUUUUUUAAACUAAAAAGAGAAGAUUCUGGUGAUCGUUCUAAUUACUAAUUUACAAAAGUGUAGCGAAGGACAUUAUCAAGUCUAUCCGUCCUUUUGAUUAAAAACCAACUUUUUCUGUUCAUGUGCAAACACUUUUUUGUUUUUAAUAAAUUCGGUGCUUCAACAUCCUUCACCAAUGCUAUCAUUCAAAACGGAUUGUUCAAUCAAUGGAAUUAAGAAACGGUAACUAUGAAAACAACAACCGCCAACAGCCAAUCACCGACACCCCCAUCGGUUGGCUCGUCUAUAGUACAAAUACCGUCCGCUGCUGCAGUGGCACUGCACAAUCAACAAACCAAAAAUAAGCGAAAAAAUUUCAAUCCACGCUGUUCAACAUCGGCCGAUGAAAACGAUAUGAACGCGUCGACAGCCGUUGACUCCAUGCUUACAGCAGCAACGACAACCACACCACCAACAACCGCAACAAAUCCGACAACACCGUCAUCGCCGACACCGUCUAACCCACCAUCAAGCGCACACCAAAAUGCUUCGCCGACACCGCUAACGAUACGCAAUUCCCCAUUCAAAUUUGACGAUCCGAGGAUUGCAUUCGAGGCAAUGUCCAUCAAUUGGCGCAAAUUGCUGGAAAGUCAACAGAGCCACCAGUCGAACGAAUUCCGUACGUUCGAGAAUAAUAAAUUCUACAACAUACCAAAUACCAAUUUUUCGAUAGCCAAAUCAGCGUUCGGUAUUGCAGCAGCAGCAGCCGCAGCCCAACAAACGCCAUCGGCAAUGGCAUCGGGUGAAGGAAGUGAUCCACAAGCACGAAUUGAGUUUGCUUGUAAUGCAUUCAAUGCAAUGCAGGAACUGCUGAAUGUCUACGGACUGUCUAUUUCACCGGCUGACAUUGUGGAUGCGUUCAAGAAGCAGGCGAAUGUGGAAAAUGCACCGCUAGAACCACCGACCCCACCUCGUACACCGAUCAUUGCAUCGUCACAAAUCGACGCCACCUCAGCACACAAUCAACGCAACGCCACAACGCCGAUCGAUGCGACGCGUUCCACCAACGAACAACACAACACUCACCCGUCACCGCGUUCGCUAAACAAUGACGGUGAAUGUGCAAUUUCAACAUCACGACCGUCGUCGCCAUGGUCGAGUACCAGUCAGGCGACGGCGUCCGCAUCGAUAUCGGUAGCGCCGGCAUCGAAAUUAAUGGGCAACGAUAGUUUCAAUGCGGACCGACGAUCGCGUACAUCCAGUACGAAUGAUAUGACAGCGAGAGAGGAGAAUAGUGAUGCGGACCAGGACGAUGACGACGAGGACAAUUCGUCGGCAACGCAUGCAUUCGAUUUGUCGUAUCAGUAUAAUGAUGAUUCGAAUGGGUCGGCCAGUGGUGAGGAUCAGGGAAGUGAGGGUGGAACGACCAUAAAUAGUUUUGAUUUGGCAAUGGCAAGGAAAGACGGAUUCGGAGAUCGAUCGAAUGAUAUAUUUUUCUCACCAUUGCUGCAACAGUCACUGCAAAGCGAGGACAAACAUUUCAGCGCCGAUGCAACAAAGGACUUUAAGAAAUACCAAUCAUUCCUGGACUGCAACAACGAGCAAUGCAUUGCUGAAAAUAUUCGCGAACAUUACCACUGCUACGACAUUUGGUGUCGCGGCAAAGUGCUCAGUAAAAAAGAGGAAAUCAGCCGGCACUACAAGUGGCACAAAAAGCGCAAUGACAGUCUAACGCACGGAUUUUUACGCUUUUCGUCCAGUGACGAUUGUGCACCGCAAUUUCUCAAUUGUUCGCAUAAUCGGAAGCAAACGCAUUACCAUUGCCUGCAGCCCAAUUGUGAUAAAGUUUAUAUUAGCACCAGUGACGUUCAAAUGCAUUCGAAUUACCAUCGAAAGGAUUCGGCUAUUUAUCAGGAGGGGUUCCAGCGUUUCCGUGCAACCGAAGAGUGUAAUGUGACACAUUGUAUAUUCAAAGGACAGAGCACGACACAUUUUCACUGUCGACGAAAGGACUGUAAAUACACUUUCAAAAACAAAGCUGACAUGGAAAAACACAAAACCUUUCACAUCAAAGACGAGCAGCUUGCACGAGACGGUUUCAAAAAGUUUCUGAAAACCGAAGCCUGUCCCUACGAGAAAUGUCGCUUCUCACGCUCCGGCAAUCACAUACACUGCGUUCGAGAGAAUUGCUACUAUGUGCUACACUCCAGCGGCCAACUGAUCAGUCACAAACGCAAACACGACCGAAUGGAAUCGGAACAGGCGUACCGUCGUUUUAAGAUUGCUCAAAAAAUGGCAACAUCCAAUAACGCUUUAUCGGUACCAGGAACCGGCGUCAGCGGAGGCAUCGUUUCGCCAGACAUUAAAUUUCCACUGCUGUCGUCGAAAAUCCCGAACGAGUACAAAUCGUUGCUGCCGGGUGAUUUGUCGGUAUCGUUGUGCACCAAUAAACUAAGUGGCAUUGACGUCAAUGCAAAGGAUGGUGAAAAGUCGACGCUACCCGUCGACAUAUUGCAACAGAUCCAUCACCAACAACAGGUCCAUCAACAGAACAUGAUGCUGCAGAUGAUGGGACUGGAUAGUGCACGAGACAAUAUCCGUGGCACACCACUCGAUAGAAUAACAAAUUUACCAGGCAGACGGUCAACCGAUAGUCUUGAGGAGGGCAUACCAAAGUCGAUCAUUCCGAACGCGGACUUUUUAGAUAUGAAAACGACCUCAUUGGAUCACAUCGAUUACUUGACUCAAACUUAUUUCACCGACGUCUGUUCCAUGCAAAGUGAUUCUGGUACGAGGUCGCCGUUGAAUGGACCACAGGAUCGGCCAUUGAACUUGAAAAGUCCACGGAAAGCCGACGUGCUGGAAUGUUUCAUGAACAUUAACGAGCCACAUUUGCAUUGUUUGAUCAAGGGAUGCGAAAUGGUCAUUUCGAAGAACGGCGGAGACGUGGCCGAGCACAUGCGAAUGCAUGAAUUAGCUCGAAUGGGCGGGGCUAGUGAAGAAAUGCUGCAGAUAGCUCCGUCUGUGCAGAUCACAUCCAUUGACGGACUGUUUAAUCGAAAGCGAGGACGGCCACCGAAGAACAGGGUGGUGGAAGUGUAUAACAAUAUUCAACAGUCACCGCAGGCCAUUUUCACCAGUUUUAAACUGGAGAAAAACGACCAAUCGCCACUCCACCCAGCUAGUCAAUCGAAAUCGAUCAGCAACGACCAUCAAACGGCAUCGGAGAAAAGUUUCCGAUUUUUUCAUCGAAUGGAACGAUGCGAGACCGUCCAGUGUCCGUACGAUAAGAUGUUGCACUUCCAUUGUGCGGUGAGUGAUCGGUGCCAUUUCGCCACAAACUAUCCGAAUGUGAUGGACUCGCAUGUGGACGAAUUUCAUUCCAACGGUGCAACCGUUCCCGACGGAUACGAGUACUACGAUGUGAAUUUCGAUUGUCAACUGUAUCGCUGUUCGUAUAGGAAGAAUUCCAGCCAUUAUCACUGCGUGCAUUGCCAGGAAACGAUAAAGAAGAUCAUGGACCUUGGUAAGCACGACUGUCGUUCGAUGAUCAACGCUCAGUCCAACAGUUUCGCACAAAGUGCGGAACUGAAGAUGAUGCAGAAUAACAACAACGAAAAUGUGAACGGCAAUGCGGGCGUUCAUGCAACCGGUUCAACAGCUGCAAAUAGUGAUUAUGACGAUGCUGACAUGAAUGCCGCUGAAAUGUCGGGAAAUCUGACCGACAGUUGUGGUUCGGAGAAAAUGAACGUAUCGGAAGGGAAGGUGAGCGGUCAAGCGGAAGACAAAGACAAGGUGUUAGUGGUCCGUGCUGCUGGCACAUAUUUUCCGCAAAAUUCAGACAAUGAACAGGUGACCACUCCAACGAAACCAUCCACAUCACCGACCACAUCAAUAAGUGAUAUGUCGCCGGAGAGUACAUGCACGCGACCGUUUUGUAAGCUAAAGAAGAAGGUGCACGACCACUGCGAUCUAUGCAAUCAGGCCUUCAGCGACGCCAUGAAAUUGAAAAUCCAUUACCUGAAGCACCAGUCGUCGAAACUGGGCCACUCAUUGGACGCAUCGGACAAUGCCAAGUCACUGAACAAAGACAACCACUCAACGGGCGAACCGUCGAAACUGGUGAGCCAGGACAGUGAGCCGGAAGAUUUGACCAAAUCGUCUUCGAAUAAAUCAACCCCGUCCAAUCCAUCGAAUCCACUGAUGGCAAAUUUUGCCGACAAUUUCUCGUCGCUGCAAAAUUUCCAUCUCGCUCAACUGGCGUUGUACCAACAGCAUCCGUUCUACUAUCACCAUCUGUAUCCGUUGUUGACUGGUCAGGGCGUCCAGCCACUAGCAUCCGACAUUUUACAACAGCACAUUGACCAGCAGAAACUUCAACCAUCUACCAGUGCAAAGCAGCUGAGUGCAGCCCAGCAACUGUUGAAAUUGGAAUCGGCACAAGCCGCUGCAUCAAUCUAUCCGUUCCCUGGCAUGCCCACGACAGCUACCAAUAUGAAGCGAAAACUCGAAGACACACUGCUGAGUCCGACGCAUUCCAGUGACGGCACCAUAUCGUAUCUGGCGAAAAAGAUGCCGAAGCUCAAGCAGUCCAACUUCAAAAUGUUCAAAGACGAACCGAUUCCCACCGGUUACCUGAAGUUCCGCUUCAACGAAGACUGCAAUUUCGCGAACUGCGGCUACCGGAAUCACCAGUCACAUUUCCACUGUUGCCGGAACGACUGCUUUUACAGUUUCUGUGAUAAGACUCGGUUCGUUCAGCAUACGGCCAGACACGAGCGAUUGGAUAAGUUGAUGGGCGACGACUUCAAGCAAUACCGGGCGAAUAUGCGAUGCGGUUACGAUCAGUGUGCGUACAACAAGAAUAUGGGACACAACAACAAGUCGUCCCAUUUCCAUUGCAUGAAAUGCAAUUUCAUCUGCUCGGACACCAACAAAGUGGUGGCCCAUCGACGGCAGCACAGUAAACUGGAGUACAUUCGGGACGCCGGUUUCCGGAAAGUGGCGAACAACGAACGGUGCACGACUGGUGAAUUGGAUGCUCAAAGCGGCGAAUGCAGUUACAGUAUGAAGCAAACGCAUUACCACUGUUUACGGUGUAGCAGCAGUGUACUUAGCCGGGCUCAAUUAGGGUCGCAUCGGCAUCGAGUGUGAGUGGUGAUGGUGUGGUUAGAAUUAGGUGGCCGGUUUGCACUUCGGUUUUUUGCUUUGUCUGAUUUUUCUCGGGUCUUCAAUGCAUUUCUGACGAUAUUUGACCGAUCCCGAGUUCCUGCGUUGUCUCAAUCGAUAUUAGUCUAAGAGAAUCGCAAGUCAGUACCGGCAACGGUGAUUUUCGUAGCAAUACACUAGUGCGGAUCGUGAAGCCGUAUUAAACGAUCAAAUGUCUUUAAACUCGUAAGGAAUUGACAAUCCGGAAAGACCGGACGAUGUUCGAGUGUCCUCUGAAAAGAGUUUUCAUGUUCAAGAACAUCAGAAAGUGGAAUGCGGCGUAUCUACAACUCCCCAAAGCUCUCAAAGUCGCCUCAACCGUCUGAGUAAGUACAGUACUUUGCGCAGGUUCGAACACAGAGUUACCGAAUGUUAAACUAAAGAGCUCAAAACGGAGCGUAGUGCUGGGCAUACUGUAAGUCAAAUGUUGAUAGUUGAAGUCGAGACAACUUGCAACUGUCUCGGCGAUUUACAAAUUCGAUAAUGAAGGACAAGCGUGGACUAGAAUCGGAUUGGACUUGAAACCACAUUCAAUGAAUUUUGACCUGACCUCGACCUGACCUGACCUGACCUGAAACGUGAUUUCGGAUUUCUAGUCCGACCUGUCAGGUCAGGUUCCAGGAUGACCUGAAAUUAGUCACGAAUUUCCAUGAAAAUUUCUUAAAAUUUCAGGUCAACCUGAACCUGACCUGACAGGUUUAAGAAAUUCAGGUUCAGACGAGGUCAGGUUGCUUCAAGGCAAAGAUCUGACCCGACCUGAAAUUUCCGGUCACACAAUUGUUUGACCUCGGUCUACCUUUUCCGAGCUUUCAUAGAAGAAUUUUUUCGACAUUCCGGCCAUUCCGGGCGUUCUAAAAUUUUGAUUUGCAUUCGGACGACAAUUAUGAAAUUUGCAUCGGGGAAUGUGUGGGAAAACUGGGUAAAAGUAGGAAAAAAUGAAGUUUUGUUUGCCUUCUCGCCAAUAGCUACUGUUGAACUGUUGUGACAACCCAAUUUUAUUAAAAAAAUUAAAUAUUUGGUUUCGUCUCGUCAAUACUUUUCAUUUGACAUAACACGCUGUUUUGCUCGUCUUCUAGCUAAUAACUACUGAUCGACCAACUCAAAUUUAGAUUUUCGGAUUUGUCUCUUCAAACUCUUUCAUUUGAUGUAUCGCACCCGAUUUUUAAGGUAUGUUUCCCGUCGCAAAACAGCGGGAAACAGGCAAAUACACCGUCUGUUUUGAGACCCGACAUAAGAAUAAAUGAUGAGUUUAACGUUGUUUACCACUGGACACGCAAACCACCUAAAUUUCUAGCGUACAAACGGUAUCGCGACUCAACUGGAAGUGCUCCAAAACAGCGACAGAAGUUUGGAGUCAAGUUCCCGGAACAGGGUUUUUGUUUGGUUCGUUUGCCUGUUUUUCACUAGUCUUUCAAGCAUAUCUGUGGAUGCUUUCGCUCAACAAUGAUGUGCCAUACAUCAUAUGAAAAGUAUUGACGAAACGAAACAAAAAUUUUUCCUAUUUUCCCGCAUCUCUCCGGUCAUUUCGGUCAUUUUAAAAUUCGGAUUUGCAUUCGAACGACAUUUAUGAAAUUUUUACCGAACCACUUCGCUCAGCUAGCAAAGCUCAACGAAGACAAAGGGUCACAUAUCACACCAAAACGGUCCUCAUAUCGAUAACGAUGGGACUAAACACACAACCUCAUUGUGAAAAUGUAUAAAAAAAACAAUUUCAAUGAAACCGAAUCGGACAAAGAUUUUACUUCGAUUUCGUUCAAAGUGUAAAACAUAUCCGCGACGUGUAAGUUAGAUUUGUAAUGGUAAGGAUUUUGUAACUCAAUGAAUGAAAUAGCUGAGAUUGACGAAUGGAAAGUUGUGUAAAAGACAGAAGAAAGAGGAAAAUUUCCAUUUGAUGAGAGAAAAUUAUGAAUUUUCGUCGAGAGAAAAAUAAAAUUUAAAAAAAUUUGGAAAUUGAAAAUGCACCCCCGCGUAUUUAUAGAAUUUUGCUCGGUUUUGAUUUAUCUUUUUGUUUGUUUUGUAAUAAUUUAAUGGAAAAAUUAUUUUAGCGAGUUAAGUUAAAAAAAAGAAAAAGAAAAAAUAUUUAUUUUGUAGGACGCUAAGUGUGACGAGAGUAUAAAUAGAUGGACCACACACAGCACAAUAAAUAAAUAAUUUAAAAAAAAAUAAAUAAAGAGAAAUGACAGAGAGAGAGAGAGAGAGAGAGAAAAAUUUAUUUUUUAAUUUUAUCGAUAGAAAAUAAAGUGAAAAUCCAAGUAAAUCAAUGAAAGACAGAAGUGACAAUGUGCCUAACUUUUUAAAACAAAAC